CGCUUCGGUCUUCUCCAUCACUUAGCCUUGGUUUGCCGGUAUUGUGUUGCUUGUCGAUUGAAAGAGAAGGACGAAAAUGAAGGUCUCAAUUGUGUUUCUCGCUGUCCUUUUGGCCCUGUGUAAUGCACAGGAGCCUCGUGAUCCUUACCAGAAGGUCACUUACAAUAUCUUCUACCCGGGAACGACCGUUAUUUGCGCGACGUGGAGUUUGGCAGGUCAGUUCGUGGUGCCCUAUCACACAAACGAUGGCGAGGAUUCUGGUGAGAUCAAUGUUAUGAUCAACCUGCCUCAGCUUCCCCCUAUGAGCGGUAAUGCUACUCAGGGUGACCUGGGCUCAUCCAUGUGCCCGACCAGUAUCGAUAACACUACUUGGACCUCCUCGCUCAGUGCUCAGUUCUCUAACGGGGAGAACUUUGUCAUGAUGGCAAGCGGCUCAGGUGAUGAGGAGCCUACUUCGUGGCAAGUGGAUUCCAUCUGGUUCACGUACAAUGAACAAGACAUGUACUAUUUCCCUGGUGGUAAUGGUACUGAUAUUGUCACGGUGAACAUCACCAACCCGGACAUGAUCGACAUCAGAGGUGGACAGAACCAGCUGUUCAGCUGCAAUUCCGAAUCGGACCUCACCCUGUCCGCGGCCGGCCAAGUCCCGAUUCCCUUCUCGUACAAGGAUAUGCUCCUGGGUCCGUUCACCAAUUCUACAAGUGGCUCGACUGCUGAAUGCUCCGCCGACACUGAAACGAGCAGCAGCAAGACGGUGCCCAUUGCAGUAGGAUCGGCGCUUGGUGGUCUCCUACUUCUCGUACUCGUUGCCUACCUGAUCGGACGCAGAAUGCGACGCGGCUCUGGCUAUCAGAAGGUCUAAAACGAGCAAGUGCACAUGUGUGUGCCUGUGUGCGUGCACAUGUGUGUGUCUGUGUGCGUGCAUGUGUGUAGGCAUUGAGCUGAAGUGUUAUCUAACCAUAAUGUUUAGCGACCAAAGACAUUAGGAACGAGCAAGAGCUACAGGCUGCCCCAUUUGUCAAGAUUUCUUCCGCAUUCCGACUUCUAUUUCAAACUUCGUGCAGCAAACUCUCUUUGUACUUUGAGCACAUCAUCUACAUGUUUAACAUAGUCCACUCUAGCUAGCAUCACUGGAUGUUGUAAUUUACAUUUGAAUGUUAGUUGUAUACAUGUACACUACUUCGAUGUACCAUGUACAAUCCUGCACAUGUAGCUGCCGGUCGGUAGUAGGCGCUGACAUCUGAUGAUCUCUACAUUGUAGUGCUCUCCAAUGGACGGUCCUUUUCUUUUAAAUAUCUUGCAGCUGGCUGCAAAGUGCAACACGACCAGUCAUAGGCGCCGCAUUAUGUGGCACACUCUUCCAUUACACUUAGUAGCCUUCCAUUACACUUAGUAGCCUUCCUCCGAUAUGUAGGGUUCUUAUCUUUAUCCGAGUGUAUUGUAAUUUGACACAUCUCUCGUGUAGUUGUGUUUACCAACUGACUCUCUGCGCUGUGCAGGCAGGCAUUCA